AUGAUGAAUUUAUUUUCAUUUUUAGAUUCAAGUCCUCAAGUACCAGAUUCUAAACGACAUGAUAUUAAUGUGAGAACUCAACUUGCAGGAUAUUUAACAGGUAUUCGCCAUACUGGAUUACAAAAAAUAUGUGCAGCAUUAAAUUUACCACCACCAUUAGAAGGACGCCACAACAAACGUGAUAAAGAAUUAUUACAAGUAGUACAAAAAUUUGCCAAUGAAUCUAUGUCAACAGCCAUACAAGAAGCUAUUGAUGUCGCCAAAAGUACUGACAUCACCGUUAGUGGUGAUGGAACAUGGCAAACAAGAGGCUUUUCUAGCAAGCAUGGUGCUGCCGACUUGAUAUCUACAUGCGAUUCUCCAAAAGUCGUUGACAUUGAGACAUGUUCAAAAACAUGUAAUGUUUGUUUAGGAACACCAGAAGCUCGAGCAAAAUAUGACCAAAUAAUAAUUAAUCACGAUUGUGGAAAAAAUUUCGAUCAACCUUCUGGCAACAUGGAAGCAUCAUCCAUCUUAAAAAUGUUUCGAAGGUCUGAAAAGAAAUAUUGUGUUCGCUAUGUAAAAUACAUAGGAGAUGGUGAUUCUAAAACAUUUUCUGUACUAAAGACAGAAAUACCUUAUAAAGGAAUUGAAAUACAGAAAAGUGAAGACAUCAAUCGCUUUGGAAAACGUCUAAAACGUGCUCUUGAAGUAAUUAAAAAAGAUUGUGGUAAAGAGAAGUUAUCAGACGGAAAAACAAUAGGUGGAAAAGGACGUCUUACAGAUCAAAUGAUAACUCGUUUUCAAAUAUAUUUUUAUGAAGCGAUUCGGAAGAAUAAAAAUGAUCUUGAUAAAUUAUAUAAAAGUGCUCAAGCGAUGUAUUGGCACAAGUUUUCCACAAACUCAGAUCAUCAUCAUCAAUUUUGUGAUGUAUCAUGGUGUGGAUAUUUACAAGCAAAGAAAAAUAAUACUCACUACGAUCACACACCACAUGCAUUACCUAGAGCGAUACAACUGAUGAAGAAACAUGGUAUAUCUGAUGCUGAUGACGUUAGUGAAACAUCUGAUCAACAAAAUGAAAAUAAUGAUGAUUUUGAUGAUGAUGAUUAUGAUGAUGUGAGUUCCACUGCUGACACUUCAUUUGAUAGUGAUGAAACAUCUCACAACAACACCGAUAACGAAGAUGAUAAUAAUGAUGAUGGAAAUCGACAAGUAGAAGACCUUUAUUAUAAUCCAAAAAGUCGGAAAUGGAAAGACUCGGACGAAGACAAUUGA